CCCUCUCUCUCGCUCUCCCUCUCUCUCUCUCUCUCGAUUUCCAAUAUGGCGCCUGCAUACUCCCCCGUUAGCGAGGCCCAACGCAUCUACAAGCUCCUGUGCGAGCAAGCCGAGCAGCUUGGCCUCCCGCCGGCUGUGAAAGAUGUCGCCCCUAAUGUGAAGAUUGUGUCAGAACAUGACCGCAUCUACUUCCCAAUCCCCUUCAAAGAGACUGAGACCGCAGCAGCGCUAAAGGCUGUGGAAGCCAGCGUUGCAGCUGCAUUGGCCGGUCUCAAAUUUGGUGCCAAGCCGCGAGAAGUCAAGAUCGAUCUGGAACGAGCAACAUGUUUCUUGUUCCAAGCAUAUCUCGCAACGGUGGAUGGGCUGGGAAAGCUGGACAAGGGCGUUAAGGCAAAGUUAAAAGACACCGAUUAUCUGCAGGCCCAGUCGAACCCGUACCGGCGCAUGUCCGCGAACUUGUACGAGACCAAAGACCCAGGACAAUACUAUCACAUUCAUGGCUCCCUCGAGGCAACAAAAACGCUCAACAUGAUUGGGCUCCCGGCAUUCAAGCCAGAACUGCAGGUCCACAGCGAUAUUGUUGCCUGCAUAGAACCCGCGGUCCGACAAUUUACGGUCAAAGAGCUCGAGGAGAAGAACGCAAGCCUAGGCCAGGCUGGUGUCCCAGCAUUGAAACACGAGGACUUUUGCAAGACGCCACACGGAAUUGCAAAUGUGGGCAAACCAGCAUGGACCGUUGACAACCUCGAGAGCACAACCCCCCCAGUACCGUUGCCGGCGCCUUCGCCAAAGAACCCCCGCAUCCUCGAUGGCAUCAAGGUUCUUGAGAUGUGCCGCAUCAUCGCAGGGCCAACCAUCACCCGUAUUCUGGGCGAGUACGGCGCCGAUGUCAUCAAGGUCACGGGACCGGGGCUCAGCGACGUGCCUUUCUUCCAAGUCGACGGAAACAUGGGCAAGCACGCGACCGAGAUCGAUCUGAAGAGUGCUGAGGGGAAGAAGGCGUUUGAGGUGCUGCUGAAGGACGUCGAUAUUGUUGUUGAUGGCUACAGACCCGGGGCUCUGGACAGGCUAGGAUACGGCGCGAAGGCACUGGCGAAGUUUGGUGAGGCUCGUGGGAAAGGGAUCGUCUACGUCAACGAGAACUGCUUUGGCUACCAGGGCGAGUGGGCCAACCGACCCGGAUGGCAACAGAUUGCCGACUGUGUCAGCGGAGUGGCAUGGGCGCAAGGGAAAUUCAUGGGACUGGACGAGCCCGUUGUGCCUCCCUUCCCCAUCUCCGACUACGGCACUGGCUGCAUCGGCGCCAUCGCCGCGCUCAGCGGACUCUACCACCGCACAGUAAAAGGCGGUUCCUGGCACGGCAAAGCCUCGCUUCUCCAAUACGACCUGCUCCUGUUCGCCGUGGGCCAGUACCCGGAGGAGAUCCAAGCGCAGCUGCGGUCCACCGUCAACGAGAAGUUCCUCUCGCUGCGCCACAACCACAGCGUCGACGACAUCUCGGGCACCACGCUGCUCCUGCUCAAGGCCAACUACCCGGAGCUCUUCGUCCCCGGCAAGUUCACCGAGACGUGGUUCUCCAAGGCGUACGGCGCCGACGUGUGUGCCGUCAAGCCAGUGGCGCAGAUCGAGGGCGUCGAGAUCGGAUUCCAGCGCGGUAGUCGGCCGAAUGCGUCGGAUGCGGCGACGUGGGAUUUUGGCGAUGAUGGGGAUUAUAGGAAGGAUUGAGGAGGGGUUUGUGUUGUGUUGUGUUGUGGGGGCCGGGGGCCGGGGGCGGGGAUGCAAGACCAUAGUAUAGUAUGGCAUGGCAUGGCAUGGUAUAAGGAGACGGUAGAUAGAUUAGGUAGGUAGCAUAGGAAGCGCGCGGGUGAAAGGAAUAUGGCCUGGCUGGCUCUUCUCUCGCCUAGGAUGGGUUCUUAAUCUUGAUCUUGGUCUGUUCUUGUCUUGUCUAAGCUUCUUUGCACAGCACAGCGGUAGAGAUAGAGAGAGAGAGAUAGAGAGAUGUUUUCACAUAGCAAGCGAUAUAUAUAUAUAGAAAGAGAUCAAAGAAAGAGAG